AUGUCCAAGUCUGUUUGCAUUGUCGGCGCCGGACCUUCUGGCCUUGUGGCGGCAAAGACGCUUCUUCACAAUGCACCCAAGGGACACUUCAAAGUCAGCAUCUUUGACAGCCAACCUGCCAUUGGAGGGCUGUGGCCGACUUCAAAGACCGAUUCAGGGCGUCUGGUCCAUCCAUUGAUGGUUGCGAACCAGAGCAGACACACGGUUCAGUUCAGCGACUUGGCCUGGGAAGACGAUGCGCCGCAAUUUCCGCGCGCAUGGCAGGUUGGCAAGUAUCUGGAGCAGUAUCAGAGCAGAUACCUCAAUGGCAACCCGGAUUUUGAGCUCCAAUUGAAGAGCCGUGUGGCAAAGGCAGAGAAGCGAAAUGACGGUACAGAAGGCUGGAAGAUACACAUUCAAUCGGGAGACAGCGAGGAGGCGAGGGAUUUUGACUAUUUGGUCAUUGCCUCUGGAUACUUUGGCAAGCCCAUCAUCCCUGAAUGCUUCCAAAACGCAAAGACCUCGGUUCCAAUCAUUCACAGCAGCCAAUACCGAGACCUGAAGGGGCUUUUGGGAGAGGGCAAGCAAAAGGGAGGCAAGAUUCUCAUUGUUGGAGGCCAAAUGUCCGGCGUCGAGAUUGCGGGCACCAUCGCGAGCCAUCUCUCAUCCGCCAUCAACUCUCUGGAGCAAUCAGACAUCACCGGAAUCGACAAAUACUCCAUUUACCAUGCAAUCCAGCGCCCUAUAUGGGUGUUUCCUCUGUAUACCACCCCCGAGCCUACAUUUGCUGCAGCUCCCUUUGCGCCUUUAGAUUUGGGCUCCUAUAACAUCAACAACCGGCCCAGACCACUGGAGAACACGCAGGGCCAUAUCAGCCAAGAACAUGCAAAUAUGGUCCAUACCAUCUUUGAGUCGUCGCUCGGUGACCAAGAACAAUUCUCCCCUCUAAUGAUGCCCAAUGAGCAGGAGAGAGACCAACCGGCAUACUUGGCCGUCAGUGACUGGUACAGCGAGUUCGUAAGAUCUGGCAUGAUCACUUUAUCGUUUGGCAAAGUUCUCUCUCUGGAGGGUGAUCUUGUCACUUUGGAUGAUCAUGGCGCUCAGAUCGAUGAUAUCGCUGCUGUGGUCCUUGCAACAGGCUUUGAUCCCUCUCCCUGUGUCAAUUUCCUGCCAAAGCAGAUUCUCGAGACGCUUCAGCACUCUCCGCGACACUACAGCCAAGCACUCGCCUUGGCAUUCCACGGUACCCAUCACCCAGAGGUUCCAAAUCUCGGGUUUGUUGGCUUCUACCGGUCCCCAUAUUGGGGCAUCAUGCAGAUGCAUGCCCGAUUCAUUGCUGAUUUGUGGUCUGGCCAAACCGGCUCGAAAUCAGAAGCCCUUGAGCGGAAACUUCAAACUGAUGAUUCUAUCAAGCGAACACUUAACCUACGAGACGAUCCUAGGCUUUCACAGUUCCCCAUGGGCGAUUACAUGUACUUGAUGCAAGAGUUUUCCGAAGCGCUUUCAAUACCUAUGCACGAAUCUAUUAUGCCAAAGACUCCGACAACUUCCCGAAAUAACCUUCCUCUCGAUACGCUUACGCCUGCUCGAUAUCCCUCACCUAGCGAUAGCCCCGAAGCAAAGGCCGAAGCCGAGAAAUCCUUGAAACAGACUCGCGACAUUGCUGUCGAAUGCCUUACAACUCCUCGUUUCGUCGCGCGAGGCGUUUUUAGAAGUCUCCUUGGAACAUGGAGGCUCGAACGAGACCUGAACAGUCGUCUUCCUUCCCACCCUAGCGGCAAGUUUGUCGGCACAGCUCAGUUUCUGCUCCGCGAACGAACUUCGGAGGGCCUCCAGUGCGUCUCUGACCCAAACAGCAUUGACACCUGCGAUGAGAAUGGCGGCGGAGAGGAUCUGGAAUAUCUGUACAUUGAAGACGGCGAAUUCAAAACAUCGUCUGGUUUCGGAUUCAAAGCGACUCGUCGAUACAUUUGGCGCUACGACUCAAAGAAGGACACCAUCAGCGUUUGGUUCGCUAAGCCAGACGAUCAAAAACGCGCAGACUACCUCUUCCACGAAAUCGAGUUCGAGGCGCCGCCCUUGGAUGAUAACAAGAAACGCGAAAAGGGGGGCUGGGCGGCAAAGGCUGGACAUCUUUGCAUUGACGAUUACUACAAUGUCAAGUACAACUUUGCGUUUAAGGCUGUGAAUUUGGAGAAAUGGAGCAUAGAGUACACUGUCAACGGUCCAAAGAAGGAUUACACCAUUCAUGGCACGUAUGAGCGGAUCUGA